AUGGAAGAACGAGCCUCGAUCCGUCCUGGGCUACCACUCCCAAAUCCUACGGUAUCAUACUGGCAAGAUCCUCCCUCUAGUCUUUCCAAUAACAGAACCACGCCCGAACUUCCCACAACCGUAGACACUCUCAUCAUCGGCUCUGGCAUUACUGGCACCACGCUCGCCUACAGGAUCCUCAGUCAACCUUCUCCACCCUCUGUCCUCGUGCUCGAAGCCCGUACCGCAUGUUCAGGCGCAACGGGACGAAAUGGCGGGCACACUAAAUGUGUCGCCUAUCGUGAGGUCUUGGAUAAUAUCAAAGAUCUGGGGGAAGAAGAGGCUGUUAAGAUAGCGAGGUUUGGAUACAAUUGCAUGAGGAACGUACAUGCUUUUGCUAGAGAGCAUGGUAUCGCGUGUGACAGUUGGCAAGGGGACACCGUCGAUGUGAUCUAUGAUCAGGCCCAGUGGAAUAAGGCUCAAAAGGCUGUGGCAGAGCUCAAUAGGGUGCUUGGUGACGAUGACCCAGUCGCGCAGUAUAAAUUUUGGGACGCUGAAGAGGCUGAGAAAAGGUUCCUGGCACAAGGCUCUCUUGGCGCAGUCUCUUACGAAGCUGGAAGUCUGAGUGCAUACAAGUUUGUCAUCGGCGUAUUGGCUCUAGCCCUGGAGAAGGGUCUGAACUUGCAGACAGAGACGCCUGCAUUGAGGAUUGGAAAGUACGAGAGUGGCCACAGGGGUUGGAUUGUAGAAACACCACGCGGUGCCGUUAAAGCGGAGAGAGUGGUUCUAGCAACGAAUGGAUACGCAGCACAUCUGUAUCCACCACUUCAAGGCGUGAUUGUGCCACUGAGAGGGCACAUGACCGCUCAGCGACCUGGGUCAGGUCUACCAAAAGACGGUCUGGCAACGACAUAUUCGUUUAUCUAUGACGAUGGAUACGAAUACAUGAUACCACGUCCACAAGGUUCAAUGUUCGCAGGCGACAUUAUGAUUGGUGGCGGUGCCACGAAAGGGCGAGACGAGGGCCUUUGUGAGUUCGGAACCACAGAUGACACCACAACGGAUGCUGUCAUACUCAAAUAUGUCGAAGACAGCGCAGCUGAGCGAUUCGGCUCCAACUGGGGCCAUGACCAUCCGGAAGGCCGUCUGCGCAAAGCCUGGACGGGAAUAAUGGGAUACUCCUCAGACGGAUUUCCCCUCAUUGGACAGUUGCCUGACGAGAACGACCUGUACAUCGCUGCAUCUUUUCAAGGAUCAGGAAUGGUGUUAUGCUUUGAAUCUGCAAGAGCGCUAUUCAAAAUUAUGAGCCAAGAAGACGAAGCGCUGGACCGGUGGUUCCCAAAAGUGUUUCGUAUUACACGUGAGAGGAUGAAGCGCAAGUUUCGAGGGAGACUCCACGCAAAAGUCCCUCCAAUGGAUCUUGAGAUGAAGAGUCAACCAUGA